AUGACGAAGUUCGAAGAUGCGAAGGAGACGUCGAAGUUCGAAAACGCGAAGGAGACGACUAAGUUCGAAGACGCGAAGGAGACGACGAAGUUCGAAGACGCGAAGGAGACGACGAAGUUCGAAGAAGCGAAGGAGACGACGAUGACUGAAGACACGAAGGAGAAGACGAAGACUGAAGACACGCAGGAGAAGACGAAGGAGAAGACGAAGACUGGAGACACGAAGGAGAAGAUGAAGACUGAAGAUACUAAGGAGAAGACGAAGACUGAAGACACGAAAAGAAGACAAGACUUAAAAGAGAAGACGAAGUACCAGAAGGAGAAGACCAUAGACGAGGACCCGAAGGAGAAGACGAAGUUCGAAGAGGCGAAGGAGACGACGAAGUUCGAAGACGCGAAAGAGACGAUGAAGUUCGAAGACGCGAAGGAGACGACGAAGUUCGAAGAUGCGAAGGAGACGACGAUGACAGUAGACACGAAGGAGAAGACGAAGACAGAAGACACGAAGGAGAAGACGAAGACUGAAGACACGAAGGAAAAGACGAAGACUGGAGACACGAAGGAGAAGAUGAAUACUGAAGACACGAAGUAG